AUGGAGAAAUCACCAUCAAAGACAUCUCCUAUGGACACAACUUCCUCAUCUCCUUCUACAGCAGCAAACAAUGAAAGUCAAAAUACACCUGCUGAAGAUGUCGUUAUGAGUGAACAACCUGAAAAGAAGCAGCAACAACAGGAUCAACUGUCUUCGCGUGCCAAUGUUGAACUUGUAGAGGCUCGUAAAUACCUUGUUGAUCAGACACAGCCUGUGAGUGUCCCAUCUUACGCUUCCUGGUUUGACAUUGAGUCUAUACACAACAUUGAACGCGUGUCUCUGCCAGAAUUUUUUACCAACAACAAUCUCUCCAAGACAGCCUUGAUUUACCAAGAUUAUCGCGAUUUUAUGAUCAAUACAUAUCGCCUCAAUCCCAAAGAGUAUCUAGCAGUUACUGCUUGCAGACGCAAUCUAGCUGGUGAUGUGUGUGCCAUCAUGCGAGUGCACGCAUUCUUGGAGCAAUGGGGACUGAUCAAUUAUGAGUGCGAUCCCUCAACAUGGCCCUCCUCUGUGGGCCCACCAUUCACAGGUCAUUUCAGAGUAACAGCAGACACACCUCGAGGCCUUGCGCCUUUCAAGCCUAAUAUCAAGCCCAACGCAACAGCAGCCAAUGCACCCAAACCGUCUACCAUGAACGUUGAAUUACGGCAAAAAGUGUUUGAAUCCAAUUCCGGCAGAGAUACAAGACAAUACCACUGCACCACCUGUGGCGCUGACUGUUCGCGUGAGCGUUAUCACAGCGUCAAGACAAAGAACAUGGAUCUGUGUCCUCUUUGCUACAAAGACGGCCGUUUCCCCAUUACAAGUUUCAGUAGCGACUUUAUUCGAUACGAAUUAGAUGCUUACAAGCACGGCAGUGAGGAUAAGGCAGCAUGGUCUGACGAGGAAACACUAUUGCUUUUGGAAGCCAUUGAACUCUACGACGAUGACUGGAACACCAUUGCAGAAUACGUCGGCACCAAGACCAGAGAGCAGUGUAUUUUCCACUUUUUACAAAUGCCAAUUGACGAGCCCUACCGCGACGAAGAUGAGCACCAUGCCGUUUUAGAACAUCAACGUACACCAUUCUCUCAAGCCGAUAAUCCCGUCAUGUCCAUUUUGGCAUUCUUGGCGUCUGCUGUCGAUCCCAAAGUGGCCUCUGCUGCUGCUGAUGCUGCCAUUGCAUGUCAGGAACAACAGCAGGCAAAGAAGAGAGGUCAGAGCGAGCAGGACGGAGAUGCUAUGGAUGUCGAUGAUAGAGAUGUAAAAAAGCCUCGCACUGCUAUUGAGAAGGCCGCUUCUGUCGCAUUGGGAUCUGCUGCUGCCAAAGCCAAGUCUUUAUCCAGUAUUGAAGAACGUGAAAUUCGUCGUCUUGUGCAUUCGGUGGUCGACACAGAAGUGAAGAAAUUGGAACUCAAGAUGAAUUACUUUGAUGAAUUGGAAGCAGUGUUAGAUAAUGAAUUAGAAUCCAUCACACAGCAACGCAAAGAUAUUUUUGCCUAUCGUUUAGCAGUAAAGAAGACGGAAGCACUAUUACAGAAAGAGAUUGAGAAGCGGGGCGGCCUCGAAAAGGCAGUGGAGGAUGGCUGGACACCACAGCAGUUACAGCAGUUUGUUCAAACUACAUUAUUCAGAGAGGAUUACCAUUUGAUUGAUGCAUCCAACUUUGACGAAGCUGGUUUAUCGCAUCCCUCUUCUGCUAUGGAGGAAGAAGGAAAGGAAUCUCAAGCCAUUUUAUCUCUCUAA